AUGUUUAGUUUUCCUUGGAUUGGAUGGAACCCGUCAUUCCUAGGCUCGUUCCUAGCCUUUUUACUCACCAUCUCUUACUGGAGGUGGAGUCGAUCCCGCUUCGUACGCCUCAUAAACGUUCUUCCUGGCCCAAAAGCUUUACCUGUGCUGGGCAACAUUCACCAUCUAAACAUUCCUCACGAUGAACUGCUGGAGAAAUCCGCUUUCACUUGGGUUCGAAAGUAUGGUGGUAUCUAUCGUCUCUGGUACACUGUCCGUCCAUUGGUCGUCAUCGCUACACCUGAGUUAAUGGAGCCAAUUUAUGGAAGUCCAAGACACAUUUCGAGAGGAGAUGCGUACGAUGGUUUUACUGCAAUCCUUGGGAAAAGUUUACUAUUGGCACCAGACGAACGCUGGAAAAAGUCUCGCCGCAUUCUCAAUCCAUCAUUUCACGUUCAAGUUCUCAACAGUUACAUGGAUAACUUCAACGAAAAGAGCUUAGAGUGCGCCCAAUCGUUUGAAGAAGCCAUAAAGGCCAACAACGGCGAAGAAUUUGACAUCUUCCCAAUCCUGAAUCUAUGCACACUCAAAACAAUUUGUGAAACCGCCAUGGGGCACAAGUCGUUGCCAAUCGAAGACAUGCAAAGUUUGUUGGACAACUGCAUAGGAUUUAAACGAAAUUACCAGUACCGUUUGUUUCGCCCUUGGUUUAAAAACGAUUGGCUUUUCCACUUAACCGCCAUGGGUCGUGAUAAUCCAAAGUUCGUUAAAGGCAUCAACAACUUCAGCAACACGUUAAUUGAACACCGCCGACAAUUUCUGGAUAACGAAAGAAAAGCUGAAAGUCAAUUACCUGCGUUGAAACCUGAUGUGUCCAAUGCUGAGUCGAAGAAAAAAUUUGGUUUCAUCGACCUUCUGAUUAAGGAAUCUGACGUCAACAAUAAUUUCAGCAAAGACGAAAUGAAAAACGAAGUCACUACCAUGAUGAUUGCGGGUCACGACACAACAGCUUUAGCGUUCACGUGGUUCCUUUACAACAUCGCAAGACAUCCUGAACAUCAGAAACUGAUAGCGGAUGAAUUGAAUGCUGUUUUCAUUAACUCGGAUCGUCCGUGUACGGCGCAAGAUUUGACCGAGUUAAAGCACCUGGAGUGCUGCAUUAAAGAAUCUUUAAGACUACACCCCAACGUUCCAGCCAUUUCGCGAUAUCUGCCAGAAGACACUGAAACAGGUGGUUACAUGUUACCAAAAGGUGCCAUGGUUAUACUGUCUGUCAUCGGUAUGCACCACAAUCCUGAAGUGUUCCCUGACCCGGACGAUUUCAAACCAGAACGUUUUCUUGCUGAAAACAGCAUCGGUCGCCAUCCAUUCGCAUUUAGCCCUUUUAGUGCCGGCCCUCGUAACUGUAUUGGUCAAAAAUUCGCUAUGCUCGAACUUAAGGUAAUUCUUGCUAAUUUGAUUCGGCGAUUCAUCUUUUCACUUGCAGAUCCAGAGGCUCCAUUAAUUCCAGCCAUUCAAGAAACUAUGCUAGCCCCAAAAUAUCCCAUUAAACUUGUCGUUUCAAAACGACUAGCUGGAAAAACGAAUGUGCUAACAAAUGAAGUUUCAAACGGUCAAAAUUACGGUGUACUAGAAACUAAAUCUUAAAUGUAGGCUACACUGAACGCAAACGCGCAAAAUACAGUUUCCCAAAUAUCA